GUCUGCGCGAGGGCCGGGCCCGGCCGGCGGCCUCUCAGUCCCCUCAGCCUCUUCUCUCCACGUCGUCCCGGCUCCCGGGGGAUGCCCCGGACCAGGUUCUCUUCAUGGCUGCCGACGUAUUCAUGUGUUCGCCGCGGCGGCCCCGCAGUCGGGGCCGCUCGGUGCUGCUCAAGCCUCAGGUGCCGGAGGACGACGACGACUCGGACACAGACGAGCCGUCUCCGCCGCCCCCCUCCGGCGUGGCCACCUCAGCCCGGGCCCACGCGAGCACCGCGCCGCUGCCACCCCGGGCCGGGCCGGGCCGCGAAGAGCCUCCCCGCCGACAGCAGAUCAUCCACAGCGGCCACUUUAUGGUGUCCUCUCCGCACCGCGAGCACCCGCCCAAGAAGGGCUAUGAUUUCGACACGGUCAACAAGCAGACGUGCCAGACCUAUAGUUUCGGCAAGACCAGUUCCUGCCAUCUGUCCAUUGAUGCUUCGCUCACCAAGCUCUUCGAGUGCAUGACCCUGGCCUACAGUGGGAAAUUAGUGUCUCCAAAGUGGAAAAACUUCAAGGGCCUGAAGCUCCAGUGGCGGGACAAGAUCCGGCUCAACAACGCCAUCUGGCGGGCAUGGUACAUGCAGUACUUGGAGAAACGCAAGAAUCCUGUGUGCCACUUUGUCACUCCGCUAGAUGGCUCUGUUGAUGCCGACGAGCACCGCCGGCCAGAGGCCAUCACCACAGAGGGCAAAUACUGGAAAAGUCGCAUUGAGAUUGUGAUCCGGGAAUAUCACAAGUGGAGAACCUACUUCAAGAAAAGGCUACAACAACACAAGGAUGAGGACCUCUCUAGUCUGGCCCAGGAUGAUGACAUGCUCUAUUGGCAUAAACAUGGAGAUGGCUGGAAAACUCCAGUCCCCAUGGAGGAGGACUCACUGCUGGACACAGAUAUGCUCAUGUCAGAAUUCAGUGACACCCUCUUCUCCACACUUUCUUCACACCAACCGGUGGCCUGGCCCAACCCACGGGAAAUAGCACAUUUGGGAAAUGCAGACAUGAUCCAGCCAGGCCUGAUCCCUUUGCAACCCAACCUGGACUUCAUGGACACCUUUGAGCCUUUCCAGGAUCUCUUCUCUUCCAGCCGAUCCAUUUUUGGCUCCAUGCUGCCUACACCUCCGUCAAUACCUGCCCCAGAUCCCAGCAGCCCACCUUCUCAGGGGAACAUCUUGCCAAAUACAGCUCUUCCCACUGUGAGCCUGCCCAGUAGCCUCAUUGAAUCUUCUGCAGCCCCCUCCCUGAAUUCCUCCGACGGGCAGGGUUGUGAACACACCUCCCAGACUGUGGAUCCAUUUAUUCAACCUGCAGACUUUGGUCCCUCUGAGCCACCACUGAGUGUCCCACAGCCCUUCCUCCCUGUCUUAACUAUGACCUUACUUUCCCCUGGCCCUGCCCCAGCACCUGUCCCAGCUGCAUUGCCCUUAGUCUCCCCUCCUGCCUCUACUCUGAGCUCUUCAACUCCACCAGCUUUCCUGCAGCCUCAGAAGUUUGCUGGAGUCAGCAAAUCAACCCCUGUAAUUACCCACACAGCCUCUACUACUCUUACCCGUGAUGCUUCUGCUACCACCUUCAGCCAGAGCCAGGGUCUUGUUAUCACAGCACACCACCCAGCCCCCUCUUCAUCCCCUUGUGGUCUGGCACUGUCACCUGUACCCCAGCCACCAGUUGUGGGAGCUCCCCAGCCUCAUUUAACUUUUAUACACCCCAAGCCUGUGUCCUUGACUGGAGUGAGACCCAAGCAACCCCCCAAAAUAGUGCCUGCUCCCAAACCUGAGCCUGUGUCCUUGGUAUUGAAGAAUGCCUGCAUUGCUCCAGCUGCCUUCUCAGGCCAACCACAAAAGGUGAUCAUGACAUCAGCCCCUCUGAAGAGAGAAGGGAUUCUGGCAUCUACUGUGUCCCCAUCCAAUGUGGUCAUUGCUUCUGCUGCUAUCACCAGGGCUUCUGGAGUCACAGAGUUCCUCAGCCACAGUACAAGUAGCCAGCCUACCCCUGUCUCUCGGCUCUUCUCUCCAAGUACAGUACAAGACUCUCUGGUGAAGGGCGAGCAGGUCCCACUGCAUGGGGGUAGUCCCCAGGUCCCUGCCACAGGCUCUAGCCGUGACUGCCCCAACUCAGGACAAGCCUCCCCAUGCCCAUCAGAACAAAGUCCCAGUCCUCAGUCUCCCCAGAACAACUGCUCAGGGAAAUCUACAGACCCCAAAAAUGUGGCUGCAUUAAAGAACCGGCAGAAGCACAUCUCAGCUGAACAGAAAAGGCGUUUCAAUAUCAGGAUGGGCUUUAACACCCUGAACAGUUUGAUCUCCAAUAAUUCCAAGCAGACUAGCCAUGCCAUCACACUGCAGAAGACCAUGGAGUACAUCACCAAGCUGCAGCAGGAGCGGAUGCAGAUGCAAGAGGAGGCCCGGAGGCUUCGGGAAGAAAUUGAGGAGCUCAACACUACCAUCAUCUCCUGCCAACAGCUGCUACCUGCCACAGGAGUCCCUGUCAACUGCCGCCAGUCUGACCACAUGAAAGACAUGUUUGAUGAAUAUGUGAAAAGCAGGAUCCUGCAGAAUUGGAAAUUCUGGAUUUUCAGCAUGAUCAUCCAGCCACUGUUCGAGUCUUUCAAGGGAAUGGUGUCUACCAGCAGCUUGGACGAGUUUCACCGGACAGCGCUUUCCUGGCUGGACCAGCACUGUUCUUUGCCUGUCCUCAGGCCAAUGGUGCUGAGUACCCUCCGGCAGCUGAGCACCACCACCUCCAUCCUGACAGACCCAUCCCAGCUGCCAGAGCAGGCAUUAGAGGCUGUUUCCAGGAUUGGCAAGAGAUUGGGGGAAUCCUAAGAUUAGUUGGCAUGUGGCUGCAUGAGAUGCCUGAAGACCCCCCUGUACCCUUCCUGAUGCACAGCCUCAGGGCUGCCCUUGACUCCUGGGGCUCACUGCACCUAUCAGGACGAUGCUGUGCUCAGGUCUGAAACAGGCUGGGGCCUGCCCACAGCAGAUCCCAUCUUGGGAACCUAGCUGUGCCCUCUCACUCAGUGACUCAAUCACAGUCUCCCCUGCGUUUGGGGGGCCCAGACAAAGGGAAACAUCAGCUGUUCUGCUCCUGCCCCCCUGGUGGCCUACUGGGGUCCAGGGCUAGCAAGUGCAAGACAAGAGACAAAGCCUAGUCCUGCAGGUGGGAUCGCCCAGGUCCUCAGGACUCCUUUCUUGAGACUUAGAGACUUGGCCCCGCCACAUCAUUAUCCACUUGUGCUCCUCUGGCAACCCUGCACACUUUCUUCCUCUCCAUCUCCUGGGGGGCAGCACCUGACCCUCUGGGCUACCUCUCUGACCUCUGCAAAAAGGAAUGUGCCUCCUCCCUGGUGUAUCCUAUUGAAGGGGAAAUCUCCACCAACCCCUGAGCACACACAGAGAGUAAUGGGUCUGGAGGCCAACUGGACAGGACAGCGGCAUGCAGUGCACUCGGAGACCCUCCAAGCAGUGUCAUAGCUAUUAUGUCUCAGUCCUACCUGGCAUCACGGUCACCAUGACGUUCCCAACAUUGCCAGGGACUGGCCUGGAGCCUUGGCCUUGCUCCCAGCUGAGGCCUUCUGUGCCUGUUUCCCCCCCGCUUGUGCUCUGCCGUAUGGAGGAGGCAAGUACACUCCAGGGACUGUCACCUUUGGUUCUAGCGUUCGAAAGGUCACACUCCAUGAUGCUGCUGUCAUCCUGGUCAUUUUAUCUGAGGUUUAGCUGGGAGCUCCAAACCAGGACGGUUCUCAGACCAAAGAUGUCAUCCUACUGAACAAGUCUGACCAACCUUGUGUGAGGAGGAAGAAACAGCGGAUAGGCAGGAUGCCAAGGAGUCAGCCGGUGAAGCUGUCUCCAGGCUAGAUGGUAAAGAGCUUGCUCAGAUUUGAACCAGUGAAGGUUGGAGGGUGACGUGUGUCUGAAGGUUCAAGUGCCCUAGUGUGCGUGUUACAGUUGGUGGAGACAGGGAAAGGUUGGGGGAGAGGGCACUUGACCCUCAUCCUUCUCCUUGCUGCCUCUGAGAUGCCGCCUGCGGUGAGGUACUCUCUCCAGCUCUCAGGGAGCCCAGUCAAGGGCACCUCCAGGAAGAAUGUGCUUUUUUCUCCUGCUGUGACACCUAGAGCAGGCAGCAGGCUUUCUUUUGAACUCUGUCCUCGCCCCUCCUCACCACGCUGCCUGUGAAGAGGGGAGCCCAGCAGUCCCCUGAAGUUCUGAUUCAUCGGAAGCUCCUGCUGAUGCCUGGAGGCCUGCCCUGGACUAAAUAGGUGGAGAACAAAGAAAGGGUAGGGGCUGCUGGCUGUGCCACUGUUGAUGCUAUGAGCCCCUGACCACGUGCUUGCUCCAUUGUCUAAUUUCUGUCCUGUUUGGGAAUAGCAUGGUGGCCCUCCUCAGCUGACCCCAAAAAGCAUGUUUACAGGUUGGAGGAUGAGCACAAGGCACGUGGGCUGAGCCUUGGAGUUUCCACCAAGCACCCCAUCCUUUCCCAAAAAUAAGGUGAAAUCAUUCUUCAGAAGAUGCAGGCCACUGUGGUAGAAGGAAAAACUAAACCGCUGCUGUGAGGGCCUCGAAGCCCAGCCCUUCCUCCUCCCAUGCCACGUGACAUGGGCCACACCAUGGACUCCAGGUUCUCUCUGCCCUUGCUGGGGAGUAACCUUGUGUUUAAAACUCUGUGGGUAUAAGAUUGGCCUUUUGCUUCUCUUGCCUACCUCUCCACCAUUUUGCUGAGUUAAUUUCAUCCUGUUUCAUCAGACGUUUAAGGCUGUUAGAUUGUGUAAAACUGGGUGAGAGAGGAGAGUGAGUGUGUGUGUGUGUGUGCACGCGCGUGCAUACAUGCCUGUGUGUGUGUGUGCACGUGCAUGCAUACAUGCCUGUGUGUCUGUGUGUGUGUGCACGCGUGUGCAUACAUGCCUGUGUGUCUGUGUGUGUGUGCACGCGCAUGCGUACAUGCCUGUGUGUGUGUGUGUGUGUCCUGGUAGACUUUAUUAGGUGCAUUUUUUUUUUUUAGUGACUCCAUUUUCCUUUUCUUGGUGCUCACUUAGACCGUGGUAUGAGGUCAUGAUGCUUUAAGGUCUCCAGGAAUGAUUCUACUUAGAGAUUUUCUUGUUUUGAAAUCUUGCCUGAUGAACCCAGCCAAUCAGAGGGUCCUAGCUUUGACUUCUGUCCUGGACACCAAGGCCCCUGUGCUUGGGGUCUCCCUGGGUGCUGGCUACACUUUUGGACCAGGGCUUGUUUACAGUUCUUUCACUCCCAUUCCUGUCCCCACUCGCUUGGUAGAAACUUCAGAAUGUUGUCGCUUUGGAGACUAAGAAUAUCGGCCUAAAAGGAUAACCCACAAAGCCACCUGGGAAAUCUCUGCGAGGGUUUCUGUGAAAUCUUCACAAGCCAUCAGCACAUGUUCUGUCUGUUCUUUCAUUAUGAGUGGAUCCUGCAGAGGCAGGGUAGCUCUGGCUAAAGGGCUUCCUCAAAGUUAGCAGAAGGUUAUGCACCAGUUGUCACCCUCGGGAGAGGCUAGCCAUGCUCCAGUGGCUUCGCACAGCACAAAGGAAACACUGCAGCUUCAGAACUUGGUGUUGAUAUACUGGGUCUUGCUGGAAGUGAUCAGCUAGCACGGAUUCUCAUGUGACCCAACCAUGAACCCUGGAUGUUGUCAGUGUGCUCAGGACCUGUUACCUCCUAAUCGUCCUCCCACCCCCCUCCCCCCGCCCAACAUACAUACUUUAGAGAUCUGUCCUCAGAUCUGUGCCCUGGUGAAGAGUGACAUCCCUGUAGAUUCCUAGAGGACAUGGUAUCCGUUUGCUGGUAUAGUCCAGUGGCAGAUGGCACUGUGACUGCCUGCUGGACCACCUGGCCUUGGCUCAGCCUCGCCUCCAUUCACUUACUCUUGUCUUCCUUCUACACUGUCAGAGAUCCCUUUCUGUUCUUUUUUUUUUUUGGAUUUUUCGGGACAAGGUUUCUCUGUAGCUUUGAGGCCUGUCCUGGAACUAGCUCUUGUAGACCAGGCUGGCCUCAAACUGCCUCCCAAGUGCUGGGAUUAAAGGCGUGCGCCACCACUGCUCUGCUCCCUUUCUGUUCCUUCUAACCUGGCUCCUCAAGGCUCUCAGUCCUACUACCUGAGUCGUUCUGAGAGAUCCUGGGUGUGUGCUGGCAAGGUGUGUGGUCAGUGAAACAGGAAUAGUCACCUGGAGUGCCAGUGUUGCCAAGAAGUGCAACUUUGAGCUCAGUCCCUUGAUGCUUUGUAGUGUUUCAGAGGACCUGUUUCUGGGUCUGCGCAUGUCUGGAAGGAAAGGGAAAGUUAGGUUGCAGUGGCAGAGCAUGAAGCUCAGGCAUGUGUGAAGUAUGUUCCUCCAGCACACACCUUGCCUAAGAUCUGCUUAACAGGUUUUGAGAUUUUUGUUGUUUGUUUUUUGGUUUUCCAGGGAGGAUUUCUCUGUGUAGCUUUGGAGCCUGUCCUGAAACUCACUCUGUAGACCAGACUGGCCUUGAAUUCACAGAGAUCCACCUGCCUCUGCCUCGAAAGUGCUGGGUUUAAAGGCGUGUGCCCCCCCCCCUGCCCGGCUAGGUGUUGUGAUCUUAAGACCCAUGGGCAGCUGGUGGGAGACACCAGCAGUGUGAGAGAAGCCUUAGGAAACAGCCCUCACCCUGUGCCUCUUCAGAUGUGGGCGAGAACAGGUCGGCUACCAGCUUUCUGAGGAACGGCCUCCCUGUUCACUAGAUAGAUCUGACUGCUGUCAGAGCUUGCCAGACUCAACCUUCUGGGAAGAAAAGGGAACUUUCCAUAAUGAAUGAUAACGUGUGUGUGCACGCGCGCUUGCUCAAGCCUGUGUGUGUGUGCAUGUGUGCUUACUUUGUGGAAUUUUAUUUUUGUGAGAUUCCUUUCCAGUUAUUUAGCAGAAUUCACCUAUAUCUUUCUGCCAGUUUUGGUUCCACAAUUAUAACCCUGGGCAUAGUGAAUUUGGAAUACCUUUGGGAUUUCUGAUCUGGCAUUCUCAAGAACUGAGAUUGCAGAAGGGAGGGAGACACUGACAUUUCCUAGUUUACAUCCUGCAGGUUAAAAGGUCUCAUGGCCUCAACUAGUCUGUGUCUCUCCUAGGGGAAUCCAGUAUCCCACCCCCGGUACCUGGUCACCUGGGUCUUCACCUGUAAAGGGAGAGCAAGCUUGUUUGCCUGCUCUGUAAUGCCCCAGCUGAAACAGCAUGUUCUCCUUCAAGUCCUUGAGGUUUCAGCUUCUGUGCACAGGCUGAGUGUCUGUCGUGUGCUUUGGUGAUGGUGUAGGGCUCCUUUAAGGAGGCAGCUACUCCUGGGUUAGGGUGGGCUUCACUUAAACCAGACAUCCUUGGGACUGCUCUCCUGAGCUGGUCCUCUUGAUGCCCUGCUGUUGACAGGCACGUUUCCACCAGCUGUACCCAACACUACAAUGCAGUUUUAAAAUUAUAUUUGCAUCUAAGACAAUAAAUAAACUUAUUUUUUUUGGAAAGCU